AUGGGCCAAAUAAGUGAGGCACACGGGCUUGAGGUGAUUGCAGAGGAGUCCAUAUUAUGUCUCCAGAAAGCCCUGACGCACCUUCGGGAAAUAUGGGAACUGAUUGGGAUUCCCGAGGACCAGCGGCUACAAAGGACUCAGGUUGUGCACAAGCAUAUCAAGGACCUCCUGGAUAUGAUGAUUGCUGAAGAGGAAAGCCUGAAGGAAAGGCUCAUUAAAAGCAUAGGCAACUGUCAAAAAGAGUUGGCUGUCUUGUGCAGCGAGUUGCGUGUUGAGCCAUUUCAGGAGGAAGGAGAGCCGACCAUCUUGCAGCUGGAAAAGGACUUGCGCACUCAGGUGGAGCUGAUGCGCAAACAGAAAAAGGAGAGGAAACGUGAACUGAAACUCCUUACGGAACAGGAUCAAGAGCUGUGUGAAGUCCUUUGCGUGCCGCACUAUGACAUCGACAGCGACUCUGUUCCCAGCCUGGAAGAGCUGAACCAGUUCAGAAAACAUUUGGCAACUUUGCGGGAAACAAAGGCCUCUCGGCGUGAGGAGUUUGUCAGCAUAAAAAGACAGAUCAUACUGUGCAUGGAAGAAUUAGAUCACACCCCAGACACGAGCUUCGAGCGAGAUGUGGUGUGUGAAGAUGAAGAGGCCUUUUGUUUAUCUUUGGAAAAUAUUGCCGCACUACAGAAGUUGCUACAGCAGCUGGAAAUGCGGAAGUCACAAAACGAAGCCGUGUGCGAGGGGCUGCGUGCUCAGAUCCGGGAGCUCUGGGACAGGCUGCAAAUCCCAGAAGAAGAGCGAGAAGCUGUGGCCAUGGUUAUGACUGGGUCGAAGGCCAAAGUUAAGAAAGCGCUGCAAUUAGAAGUGGAUCGCUUGGAGGAACUGAAAAUGCAAAACAUGAAGAGAGUGAUUGAGGCGAUACGAGUGGAGCUGGCUAAGUACUGGGACCAGUGUUUCUACAGCCAGGAGCAGAGACAGGCUUUUGCUGCUUACUAUGAUGAGGACUACACGGAAAGUCUGCUCCAGGCCCAUGACGCCGAGGUGGUGCGGUUAAGAAACUACUAUGAGGUCCACAAAGAGCUCUUCGACGGCGUGCAGAAGUGGGAGGAGAGCUGGAGGCUUUUCCUAGAGUUUGAGGUUCCGGUUGGCUCUCGAGCUCCCACCACAGCCCUUCGGGUGCCAUCAUGUUCCCGGAAUGAGCAAUCUCUCUCUCUUCCUCAGCUGAACACUACCACCAUGUCCAAUGCCACGGCCAACAGUAGCAUUCGGCCUGCCUUUGGGGGGACAGUCUACCGCUCCCCCGUGUCUCGACUUCCACCUUCUGGCAGCAAGCCAAUCCUCACGUCCACCUGUUCAGGGAAGAAAAACCCCCGAGCUGCUCGGCACGGAGCCGACAAGGAGAACCUGGAGCUCAAUGGCAGCUUGCUGAGCGGUGGGUACCCCAGCUCGGCCCCCCUCCAGCGCAACUUCAGCAUUAACUCUGUUGCCAGCACCUACUCUGAGUUUGCGAAGGAUCCGUCCCUCUCUGACAGCUCCACUGUUGGGCUUCAGCGAGAACUUUCAAAGGCCUCCAAAUCUGAUGCUACUUCCCGAAUCCUCAAUUCAACCAACAUUCUUCCCUAAGAAGCCCUGAUCAGUCAGCUAGCUGUGGCUUCCUGGCCUACACUGGACCCAGUUACACAGGGUGGCUGUCCUUUCUCCCAGUGUAGGUGUGCUUGAAACCCCGGGCAGGCUCAUUCCCAUGGCCUGGCUACAGACGAAAGCCCAUCACAGGCCUACUGGGUCCUUAGACACUUUGUUGGGAGAUCUAGAACUUUGCACAUGUCAGUCCUGGGGCAUAGUUCCCGCUGCACGGUCCUCAGUGGGGCCCCGUCCUUAGCUACUCUACUGGUCACUACGAUUCUCCCAAAAGCACUAUUAUUUAUUCCUGCUCCACCCGCGCAGUCCUGCUGUCAGAGCACUAAAUGGUUCUAAGGCUUCCAGUGUGGCUCGGGCUGCACGUGGGAGCCCUGCUGUUUUAGUCUGUGUAUACUUGUCCUGUUGUAAAAUAUAUAUUGUUAACAAUAAAUAAAAUGUGUUGUUAGAUUACAAAAACAAUAGAUUGUGUUUUCAAAAUUUCCCAAAUAAGGUUUUAGUUGCUUUGGUCUGUGGAAAGCAGGCUUCUACUUAGAAAUUUUUUUUUUUGUAAUACAUAUUGUUUUGUGCAUGUGUAAAUGAAGAA